ACAGCAAACAAAUAUGGUUGGAUGAAGACAGCCAUGGAGGCGUUGGAACUCAACCAAGCAACUUUGAGACCAACGAAGCAGUUCAAAGAUUUGGAGCAGCAGUUGAUAUAAAGCUACUAACUUGGGUUUCUCCGUACACUCUUUUCUUCAAACGUCACUCCCUCCUCCGCCUUCUUACACGACACCUCCUUAAAUGAAAUCGUCUCCCCAACUAACUCCUUUUAUAAUUUUUAUUAUUAAUUAAUACCCAUUGUUCGACUCCAAAUUUUUAUUAAAAAUAAAUAAGCAAAGAGUGAUAAUGGGGAGCAAGAACAAUGGAAGAACAACCCUUGAAGUUGGAGCUGAUGGAGUUGCUAUUAUCACCAUCAUCAAUCCUCCUGUCAAUUCUCUUUCUCCUGAUGUGUUGUAUAGCUUAAAAGAGAGUUAUGACGAGGCCUUACAAAGAGACGAUGUGAAGGCCAUUGUUGUUACAGGUACAAAUGGAAAAUUUUCUGGUGGUUUUGAUAUCACAUCUUUUGAUGGAAUGCAAUCAGGAAAAGUGGAGCAGCCGAAGCUUGGUUUUGUAUCAGUUGAGAUUGUCAGUGACACUUUAGAAGCUGCAAAAAAACCAUCAGUUGCUGCCAUUGAUGGUCUUGCCUUAGGUGGGGGUCUAGAAGUUGCAAUGGCAUGUCAUGCGAGAAUAUCGACUCCUACAGCACAAUUAGGCCUGCCUGAACUUCAACUUGGGGUUAUUCCUGGGUUUGGAGGUACACAGCGGCUUCCACGACUUGUUGGUCUCACGAAGUCCCUUGAAAUGAUGUUGACAUCUAAGCCUGUUAAAGGUGAAGAGGCAGUUGGAUUGGGUCUAGUCGAUGCUGUCGUUUCAUCUCAUGAGUUGAUAGAGACUGCACGUCGGUGGGCACUAGAUGUUUUAGCACGAAGAAAACCAUGGGUUGCUACUCUCUACAAAACUGAAAAGCUAGAGCCCCUUGGGGAAGCCCGGGAAAUAUUUAACUUUGCUAGAGCACAGGCUCGGAAGCGAGCUCCAAAUCUCAAACACCCCUUGGUUUGUAUUGAUGUUAUUGAAGAGGGUAUAGUUGCUGGUCCUAGGGCAGGGCUGUGGAAGGAGGCUGAAGCUUUCCAAGUACUUCUUAAAUCUGACACCUGCAAAAGCUUGGUUCACAUCUUCUUUGCUAUGCGCGGAACAUCUAAGGUUCCUGGGAUUACCGACAGGGGGCUAAUGCCAAGACAGGUGAGGAAAGUUGCUGUACUUGGUGGAGGUUUAAUGGGCUCCGGAAUAGCAACUGCAUUGAUUCUUAGCAAUUAUACAGUAAUCCUGAAAGAAGUGAAUGAGAAGUUUUUGGAGGCUGGAAUUGAUCGCGUCAAAGCCAAUCUUCAAAGCCGAGUUAAGAAAGGGAAAAUGAGUCAAGAAAAGUUUGAAAAAACAAUCUCUCUGCUUAGCGGUGUUCUUGACUAUGAAAGAUUUAGGGAUGUGGACAUGGUCAUUGAGGCAGUUAUUGAGAAUGUUUCUUUGAAGCAACAAAUUUUUGCUGAUCUCGAGAAAUUCUGCUCUCCACAUUGCAUACUUGCAAGUAACACUUCCACUAUUGAUUUGAACUUGAUCGGUGAGAGGACCAAAUCCCAGGAUCGGAUUGUUGGGGCUCAUUUCUUUAGUCCGGCUCAUGUCAUGCCACUAUUGGAAAUUGUUCGUACCAGGCAAACAUCUCCCCAAAUAAUUGUUGACAUGCUCGAUGUUGGGAAGAAAAUAAAGAAGACUCCAAUUGUUGUUGGCAAUUGUACAGGUUUUGCUGUCAAUAGGAUGUUCUUCCCUUAUACGCAAUUAGGCCUUUUCCUUGUUGAACGGGGAACUGAUGUUUAUCGGAUUGAUCGAGUAAUUACCAAGUUUGGAAUGCCAAUGGGCCCAUUCAGGUUGGCUGACCUAGUUGGUUUCGGUGUUGCAAUUGCAAGUGGAAUGCAGUUCAUUGAGAACUUCCCUGAGCGAACCUAUAAAUCAAUGCUUGUCCCACUUAUGCAAGAGGAUAAGAGAACUGGUGAAGGGACCCGUAAAGGGUUUUAUUCAUACGACAAUGAACGCAAACCUAGUCCUGAUCCUGAACUAUAUAAAUACAUCGAGAAGUCGAGGAGCAUUUCAGGUGUAGCUGUUGACCCUAAGUUUGUGAAAUUGUCCGAUAAGGACAUUGUGGAGAUGAUAUUCUUCCCAGUGGUGAAUGAGACUUGCCGGGUUUUAGCCGAAGGUAUUGCAGUGAAAGCGGCUGACCUUGACAUUGCUUCUGUUAUGGGAAUGGGAUUUCCACCUUACCGGGGAGGAAUCAUGUUUUGGGCCGACUCUCUCGGAUCUAACUACAUUUAUUGUAGACUGGAGGAGUGGACAAAAAUGUAUGGAGAAUUCUUCAAGCCUUGUGCCUUCUUGGCUGAACUGGCAGCCAAGGGUGCUCCAUUGAGCGCGGCGGUGGAGCAGGCCAAAUCUAGAUUAUAAGAAAGUUUUCGAUUGCGGCACUGCCCAUUUCUCAAGCUCUCUCCUUUGCCAUGGCUACACAGAUAUAAGUUCAAUAAGCAUGUUUACACUGUUAAUAUAUUCAAUGGAUCAUCUUUUUUUCCCCUUAAAAUAAUUUUAUUACUUUGAUUAGAUGGGUUUAUUGGGGGUAUAAGCACAUGUUUGGAACACUCUUGAGUAAAAGCUGACAGGAUCUCAGCUGUUACAUGAACCCUUAGGUUACUUUUGGGAUAACAUGCACUAAUAUCCAAGUUUUUUUUUUCUUUUUUUUUUAACUUUGUACCGCGUAUGGUAAGUACAAUUAUAAGUAUGAUCUCAAAUCAGUUUGAAUAAUCAUAAUCGAAAUCAAAUUAAUGUA